AUGGGAACGUCCCCCAAUGACGAUGAUGUACCUAAGCGUAAGUUUCCACCUCUUUCUGAUUAUAAACCAGUACCUCAUUUUCCUCAAGGUUUAGCAGAAUCUAGAAAAGAUGAGCAAAAUAAAGAUUUAUAUGAGACUUUUCGUAUAUGCGAGCUAAAUAUUCCACUUUUAGAUGCUAUUAAACAAAUACCUCAUUAUGCUAAAUUCCUGAAAGAACUGGGUACAACUAAGAGGAGACAGAAACUUAAAGGAUGUGAGAAGGUGAGGGUAAGGGAGAAUGUUUUUGUAGUUAUUCAAAGAAAACUCCAUGCGAAGUGCAAAGAUCUAGUGGCUGAUAGAUCUAAUGCCUAUCCUAAGGGUGUAAUUGUGGAUGUUCUUGUGCAAAUUAAUGAAUUGGUUUUCCCUGCUGAUUUCUAUGUGCGUGAUAUGGAAAAUGGGGAUCAAACUGCUCCUAUUUUGUUAGGAAGACCAUUCUUAAAGUCAUCCAAGACCAAGAUAGAUGAAAUUUUUGAACUUGAUGGAAAAGAUGGAUUGGAAGUUGCCAUUAGUAAGAAUCUUGAGAAAGAGAAUGAGGAGUUAGCCUUCAGUACUGAUUUGCAGGAAACUGUUGUAGCAUUGAAUGAUUUUCCAAAGUUACAGCAGUCAAGUAACGUUCCUUAUAUUGCGUUACCAAUUUCUAACGAGAGGCCUUUACCCUCUGUUUUACAGGCCCCCAUUCCAGAUUUGAAGCCUCUCCCCAGUUACCUCAAGUACGUGUUCCUUGGAGACGGAGAAACGUUAUCAGUGAUCAUCUCCAGUAAACUUAGUGCACCACAAGAAGAAAAGCUUGUGUAG